CCACCUCUCUCUCUCAUUGAAGCUUCUCUUUCAAUCCACGCUUCCAUAGAUUUUUCUUUUUUCUGGCUUUUUAGCUGAGAAACGAAGCGAUUUCAGUAGGAAUCCGACGUUUUCUCUCCUACCAAAGCGUCGAUGAAUAUUUCUCUCUAAUCCUUCCUAUAAAAAAGCUCGUAGAAGUGAAAACACUCCUUUCCGGUCUCAGAUUCUUCUCGUUACUCGCUCCUCUCCCCUCUCAAAUCUUCGCAGAAAUUCGCCUUUUUCUCCAUUGAAAAGACUGGAGUAUAGAGGAUUUCACCGAAAACGAAGUCGACGAGCUAUAUGAUUGAGAGAAAUACGGUAAGGAGUUGAUUUUCUUACAAUUAUGUAUAGAAAUUCCUAGAAGCUUCUAUUGAUUUUAUUUUAAUUUUUUUUCUCUUUUCUUCUUCUGUUUCUUCUUUUCAGUUCUUGGUUUUUCAGCUAGUAAAAGCUAUUUGAAUCGAAAGCAAAGAGCCGUCUUCUCGAUUAGGUCGAAUUUCUCUCUGAAAAGACACUUCUGUGACGAGAGAUGGCGGAUAAAGGAGCUCAAACAUGCUUUCUGCUGGUCGUUUUCUUGUUUUUCCGCUUUUCUGCUGCUGAAAUCGGUGGACGAGAAGUGGAAAUUCUCCUGUCUUUGAAAGCUUCUGUGAUCGAUCGGCUUGGGUCUCUCUCGAGCUGGAAUUCCUCAUCCGAUAUCUGCAAAUGGCAUGGAAUCUCCUGCAGCAAUGCCUCUCAUGUCAUCGGAAUCGAGCUCUCCGGAAAGAACUUGUCCGGCAGCCUGCCUCCCUCUCUUUUCCGCCUUCCCUUCAUCCAAACCAUCAAGCUCCCCAACAACAAUUUCUCCGGCCCGAUUCGUAUCCCUCGUGGCCAGAUCCCCGCCCUCGAAACCCUAGAUCUCUCCAGCAACAUUCUCUCCGGCGAGAUCCCGUCCACAAUCGGAUCAGUGACGGAGCUGAAAUCUCUCGAUCUCGGCGGAAACGCCCUGAGAGGCGUAAUUCCGGGAUCGAUCACCAAUCUCAAGAACCUGCGGUUCUUGACGUUGGCCGGAAACGAGAUUUCCGGCGUGAUUCUGCCGGAGCUAGGCCAGAUGAAAAAUCUGGAGUGGAUAUACUUAGGCUACAACAAUCUUUCCGGCAGAAUUCCGGCUGAGAUCGGCAAUCUGUCGGGUCUCAAUCAUCUCGAUCUUGUCUACAACAAUCUCAGCGGAGAAAUUCCUUCAUCCCUCGGACAUCUCAGCAAUCUUCAUUACCUCUUUCUCUAUCAGAACAAGCUCUCCGGCUUGAUCCCGUUGUCAAUCUACAGCCUGAGAAAACUAAUCUCUCUCGAUCUCAGCGACAACUUGUUAUCUGGUGAAAUUUCCGAAUCGAUAAUUCAGCUGCAAAACCUCGAGGUCCUCCAGCUAUUCUCUAACAAUCUCAGCGGACCAAUUCCAAGAGCUAUAUCUUCUCUCCCUCGCCUGCAGGUCCUCGCGCUCUGGUCGAACAGAAUCUCCGGCGAGAUUCCGGAGAAUCUCGGCUACAAGAAUAACCUAACGGUAGUUGAUCUCUCAACAAACUAUCUCACGGGAAAGAUUCCGGCAGGUUUAUGCAGUUCUGGCCGGCUGUUUAAGCUCAUCCUCUUCUCAAACUCUCUCGAAGGGAGAAUCUCCGAGCAUUUGAGCUCCUGUAGAAGCCUGCAGCGAAUUCGUCUCCAGGAUAACCUCCUCACCGGCGAAUUGCCAGAUGAAUUUACCAAACUGCCACUAGUUUACUACCUUGAUCUCUCUGGAAAUGAUCUGUCCGGAAGGAUCGACGACCGUAGAUGGCGGAUGAAUUCUCUUCAGAUGCUGAAUUUGGCGAGGAACCGCUUCGUUGGGAGCCUACCGGAAUCUUUUGGGAGCAGAAAGCUCGAGACUCUCGACCUGUCGGAAAACCGCUUCUCCGGCCGCAUCCCGGCAAGUUUCGGUGGUUUUACGGAGCUGAUGCAGCUGAAGCUGAGUAAGAACCAGCUCACCGGUGCCAUCCCGGAGGAAAUCGCCACGUGUAAGAAGCUGGUGAGCCUCGACGUCAACAGAAACGAGCUCUCCGGUGGAAUCCCGACCGCGUUGUCGGAAAUGCCGGUUCUCGGCGAGCUCGACCUGUCGGAAAACCGAUUCUCUGGCCAAAUACCGCCGGAUUUGGGGAAGGUGGAAUCUCUGGUUUUGGUCAAUAUCUCUUAUAACCACCUCCGAGACGGUUUGCCGUUAACGGGAGCAUUCCUCGCAGUUAACUCGAGCGAGGUCGCGGGGAAUGACGGCCUCUGCGGGGGUGGCAGCGGGAGCGGUUUGCCGUCAUGCAAAGCCGGGAAAAGGCCGGUUCGGUGGUUUCUCUUGUCAGCCGCGGCGGUUUCUCUGCUGCUGUUAUUGGUUUUAUCCGCUUUUGUCGCUUUGCGAAGACGAAAGGAGCUUCAGCUGAAGAAAGUCGAGAACGAAGACGGAGUCUGGAACUUGCAGGUAUUCGAUAAAAGGAUGUUGAAUUUCAUUUCCGUAGACGACGUUUUAACGACCGUGAAAGAGGGUAACGCGAUUUCUAAAGGAAGGAACGGGGUUUUGUACAAAGGCCAGUCUUCCGUGAAGGAGUUCCCUUUCGCCGUUAAGGAGUUAUCGGAGAUUUCGUCUCGUUCGUCGAAUUUUUGGACGGAAAUCGUUGGGCUUGGGAAUCUCCGUCAUCCCAACAUUGUGAAGCUGCUGGGAAUAUGCAAAUCGGGGAAUGAAGGGUUUUUGGUGUAUGAAUAUAUCGAUGGCAGGAGUUUGAGCGAGGUUUUACGUGGGGUUUUUGGGCGGGAAUUAGGUUGGGAAAAUCGGUGGAAAAUCGCCUUCGGGGUAGCAAAAGGCCUGAGAUUCUUGCAUCGUGGGUCUUUUCCGGCAGCUUUUCAGGGGAUCCUGUUGCCGGAGAGAAUUAUUAUCGACGGAAAAGGCGAGCCUCACCUAAAGCUGGUGCUGCCCGGGUUUCCCAUAUCUGAUUCGAAAGGGUUCGUUUCCUCCGGCUACGUUGCGCCAGAAAUCGUAGAAAGCAAGGAAGUCACGGACAAGAGCGAGAUAUACAGUUUCGGCGUUCUCUUGAUCGAACUACUCACCGGGAAAUGCACAGUCGAUCCUGAGCUCGGCGCUCACGUUAGCGUCGUCGAGUGGGCCCGCUACUGCUACUCAGAGUGCCAUCUCGACACGUGGAUUGAACCGGCGAUGAAAGGAGACGUGUCAGGACACCAGAAUGAGAUCGUGAAGACCAUGAGCCUGGCCAUCCAAUGCACUGCAGUGGACCCCACCGCCAGACCUUCCACGGCCGACGUCUUGAAAACCCUAGAAUCCGUUGGAAGGUCUGAUGGCUGUUGGGUUUCAAGAAUGAAAUUUCCAGUACCUAUUUAGCUUUCUAGUUCUUUUCUUUUUUCUUUCUUUCCUUUCAUUUUUCUUUUCCCUGUUUUUACUUAUCUCCUCUCUCUCUCUCUCUCUCAAUGUGUUUCUUUUUUGAUAUAAUGAUUUCACAUGAGUGUAAUCCAAGUUUUGUUUGUUAUACAUAGGAAGGAGUGUAAAAAUGUAAAUAACUUAAAAUCUUAUAUAUGAAUUACAGCUUUUUCAUC